CUGGCGCUGCUGCCUUCUCAUCGAGCGAGCAACGCACCGAGUGUGUAGCAGGGAGGAAAAAAAAAAAAAAAAGAAGCACACGCAUGGGGGAGGAGAUUAAGCAAUGGCGAGUCAAAACAUUCGAAAAGCUUCCUUCAGCACCAGUUUUCGCGUCUCAGAUAGAAUCCGAAAACGUCCCUGCUGCCUUCAAUGGAUACACGAGGCAAUGGAAAGCUUUCACCAAGUGGAAUCCUGCUAAUGGCGGUCUCGACUAUUUGCAGGAAAGGGUAGGAUCAUCUACCAUUGAAGCUAUGCUUUCCAGAACUGCACCUGUCUUUUAUGGCGAUCUUAGAAGCCAUGAGAGGGUUCCAUUUCCGUUCUCCACGUUUAUUGAUUUUUGCAAGCAGCGUAUAGCAAAAGAAGAAGGGCAUCAGCCUGCAGUUUCUGAUGCAGAAGAGCAGGACCAUUUGAUUUCUGGUGAUUAUGCUCAACAGGUCUAUUUGGCCCAGGUGCCAAUUAUGAAUACUGAAGAUCGAGAGAGGGUCCAACUUGCAACUCUUAGAGAAGACAUUCAAAUUGUUUCUGCUCUUCUUUUCUUCUUGUUUAGUUGGUUAUCCAUAGAGAAAUGUUUAUUGAGUGUUGAUUACUUUGUGCAGCCUGCUUUUUUGGAGUCAAAGGAACUAGCUUCUAUUAAUCUGUGGAUGAAUAAUGCUCAUGCUAGAUCAAGUACUCACUAUGAUCCACAUCAUAAUGUUCUAAGCAUAGUUGCUGGACGCAAACAAGUUACCUUAUGGCCUCCUUCUGCAAGCCCAUUUUUAUACCCGAUGCCUAUAUAUGGGGAAGCCUCUAAUCACAGUUCUGUUGCUCUAGAAAACCCUGAUUUUUCAUUGUAUCCAAGAGCACAAUUCUCCUUGGAAUAUUCGCAGAAGGUUGUUCUUCAUGCAGGUGAUGCGCUUUUCAUCCCCGAAGGCUGGUUUCAUCAAGUAGAUAGUGACGAUUUGACCAUUGCUGUUAACUUCUGGUGGCGGUCCAACAUAAUGUCUAGCAUGUUAGAACACAUGGAUGCUUAUUAUUUGCGCAGAAUUUUAAGAAGAUUGAUUGAUAAAGAAAUGAACCAUAUACUCCAGAAAACAUCUUCUCCUGGCAUGGAGAAACAGAAGAUGCGUACGCGCAAGCUUCUCAGUAAUGGAGAAGCAGAUCAUAGUCACUCUGGUUUAUUCCAGGCAUGCGAAGAAAAGGAUUCACAAGGGAAAGACAAACAUCACUUGAAUGUGUUGGAAUCAUUUUCUCUCCAGGCUCUUCAUGAACUUGUUUCUUUGGUUCACGACUGUGUUAACCUCGCUGAUCCCAGUGAACCUGUAACUGCUACAAAUGAUUCUGCUGUGACAGCUAAUUUAUUAUUCCCAGAGGACGAUGCAGUUGCUAAAUUUCUUGGGGCUCUUGAUCCACACACCCUUCAGAAUGUUCUUCUUUCUAUGGCACACAAUUUCCCAAGAACCUUGGAGGCUCUGGUACUGCAUUUGCUUUCACCAGCAGGAGCAGAAGUACUCACAAGAAAAUUUGAUGAGAUUGAUCAACAAAACACUGAAGAAGAUCGGAACAAAUUCUACCGAGUUUUCUAUGGUGCAUUUGAUGACCAAUUUGCUGCAAUGGAUGCAAUCUUGAAUGCAAAAGAAUCAUUUGCUUUCCAGGCAUUCAAGAAUGUGUUGGAUAAAUACUUGGGAGUAAACUCUGAUGUACGAAAACCAUCCGUCGGAUAAGAUGUGUAGUGCUGCAAAUUCAUGAAAAAAUUGGUCCUAGUGUUGAUAUCAAAAGAGUUAAUCAGUGCAUUUCCACAGAAGGAGCCUUCUAUCUUAAUCGGUACUUUAAUGUAUGUCAUCCACAAAUUUAUAGAAAUACAAUUAUUGCUAACUUUGAAUUGUGAUGUAUAAGUCAGCUGUCAACUUGCCAUGCUAUCCAAGUUUCUUUUGACUUUAAUGAUACUUGCUCAAAGAAUUUUUUAAA